AUGCCUACCCCAGAGCCAAGAAGCUCCAGCACCCAAAGCCAAAGUAGUCUGCGACCUUUGACACUUUCCAACAUUGAUUUUAUCAACAAAAAAUUGCCGACGCCGCCAGGAAGCGAAACAUCGUCAAUCAUGCCAGUGCAGGAAUCACUAUGGCGCAGAGUCUUUAGACUAGGAAUUUCUUUGGAUUUUUGGGCACGGUUUAUUAUCAUUCUUUCUUUCUGUGAAGCUCUUAUGGCGUUCUGGGGAGGGAUUCAAAUCGUUAUUUCUGGAAAACUUGACUACGGCAAAAUUUGGCUCAUUAUGACAAUUGUUCUACUUUGUUGGAGCUUUUUCUUCGGCGUAGUUAGCUACUGCGGGUUUUCGGUUCUAUGGGGACGCUUUUCUUGCUCCCCUACCGCCAUCCGCGUUGUGAGGCUAAUGGCGAUUCUCUUAAUGAUAUUGUACGGAGUGGCUUCUGGACUCUGGUUCUUUUACGGCUUCCAAUCGGCAACUACGACCCGCGAAAUGUGUGUUACGACCCUGGUUUUCUGGGACGGGGAAACUGUCCCGGCACCAAAACCUUGGGUGGACCUUUGCCUCAGCACCGCUGAGAGCUUCGAGAGACUACAGGUUGCCUGGGGCUUCAUGAACGCCUUUCAGGUUUACUUCAUGUUGAUCCUUAUCCAGUGGGCCAGUCAACAUGAGCAGGACCUUCAACAACAGAAGCGCUGGAGCCGUAAUAGUGGUCUUACCUAUUCUGACUCCGAUAAGUCUUUCGAUAGAAUGAGCGAGGUUGAAGCCAACGUCAACAAUUUCGAAAAGGCAUUGGCGGAACACGUUGAGGAAUUCGCUCGACAGGAAAAGAUGGAUAGGCAGUCGACUAGCACCAUUCAUGUUGGCAUGAGCAUCCCAAAUUUCCCUAUGCCGGGUGCUAACAGGACGAGACGCCCAACUCUCGUACCAGGUUCGGGCCUAGCCCCCGAGAGUGCUGAGGAUGCCGCGAGGUACGGUUAUGGUGUGAGGAAGGGUUCUCUCGCCAGUCUUACUGGGCGCUUUAGUAACACUAGUGCUAUGAGCGGAGCUAUACCUAUUGCUUUGGAUUUGAAGAAUCUCAAUUCUCCAAGCUUUUAUGGACGCGCUUUCUAA